ACAAACAUGCAUUGCCCUCGCACAACCAGACACAUAAACCCUCCUCUCUCCUCUGCCCCCCACCCUCUCUCUUCAUGAAAGUGUUCCGACAGAGAGAAGGAUGAGCAGCGGCUUCGACCGGUUCUACGGCGUCUGGCUGGAGCAGCUCCGCCAGCAGGUGGACCAGCUCGCCGCCGCGCCCAAGCCCCCGACCACUGCCGACCACCACCAGCAGCUCCACCACCUGGUGACCAAGUUCAUGAACCACUACGCUGACUACUACCGGACGAAAGCCCUCGCGGCGGACCGCGACGUCCUCGCCGUCCUCGCCGCCCCUUGGAUCACCGCCCUCGAGCGGUCGCUCCACUGGAUCGGCGGGUGGCGGCCCACCACGGUGUUCCACCUGGUCUACACCGAGUCGAGCAUUCUGUUCGAGGCCCGCAUCAUCGACAUCCUCCGCGGGUUCAGGACGGGCGACUUGGGGGAUCUGUCUCCGAGCCAGUUCAGGGGAGUGAGUGAGCUGCAAUGCGACACGGUGAGGGAAGAGAACGUGAUAACGGAGGAGAUGUCGGAGUGGCAAGACGGCGUGAGCGACCUGAUGGCGGCAAGCUUGGACCUGGAGGGGAAGAUAGGGAAGCUGGGGGAGAUCGUGAAGAAGGCGGACGAACUGCGGCUGAAGACAGUGAGGCGAGUGGUGGAGCUGCUGACGCCGCAGCAGGCCGUGGAGUUCUUGAUCUCCGCAUCCGAGCUCCAGUUCGGGAUCCGCGGCUGGGGCUUGAGUCUCAGUAACUGUCCUCGCUAAAACUUAAACAGGAAAAACGAAUGAACCGGGGAGUUUAUGGACCACUAGUAGUAGCAUCGAAUUUGGAUGGUCAUCUCUUUUGCAUGGUUGAUUGAAUCGAGUGGAUGUUUCUUGCUGGUGCUCUGUUGUCUAAAUGAGCAGAGGCUGUGGAUCCAGCCAAAUAACUUUCGAACUGUAUUAUUGUCCUCCAUAUGAACAUGACUUCGGGGGUUGCCUCAU